AUGUCUAAUCCUGUAUCUAUUAAUAAUAGUGGUAGUAUUAGUAAUUCUAAUUUAAAUAAUGAAAGUUUAUCACCAAGUAGAUUAUCAUCUUCACCAAAUUCGAAAUCAAUGGAGUUAAAUGGUAAAAGAACAUUGAAAAGUAGUGUUGUAAAAACAUUAUUAAAUAGAUCAAGUUCAGGUAAUAAUUUAAAUAAUACAGUAACAACAAGAAGAGCAGCAGGAUCAUUUACAUCAAAUUAUCAAAAUAUAUAUACACCAAAUAAUAAUAGUUAUAAUAGUAGUAAUAAUAAUAAUAAUAAUAAUAAUGACGACGAUACAGUAUCAGUAGAUGGUGAUAAUCCACCAGAUUCACCAAAAUCCACUAAAGAUCAUAGUAAUAGUGUUGGAAGUAAUAGUGGUGGUGGUGGUGGUGGUAGUAGUGGAGGAUUAAAUAUGAGUAUGAAUAAUAUAAAACAACAACAACAAGAUAAUUUAAUAAAACAGCAACAAAAGGAUAGAUCAUUGUGGACUGUUAGAUCAUUGAAAGAGCAUGCAGAAGUAUUGGAUAUAAUGGAGAGAUUGAAACCAGUGAAUAGAGCCAUCUCAUUUGGUCAAAUUUAUGCAAGAGAGGAGACACAAUUUGAUUUCGAUCCAUUGAUUGGUCGUGAUACAAUGUUACAAUUAAUUCUACAACAUUUACAAUUUGAGGGAUUGAUGGACUCUAGAAAGUUAUUAGAAGAGGAGGCAAGAGUGCAAUAUCCAGAGUAUGCAAUCAACGAAUCUAGAUUAGUGACCCUACUUCGUACGGCUUUAAAAGAUUCAGAACGUGUUUUCCAAUUAACUUUAGAUGAUAAAAAAAGAGAUUCACAACAACAAUUGGAAGAGCAUUUAGCAUUCCUUGGUCUAUUCAAAGAUGAGACGGCAACUGAUAUAAUGGGUGAAGAUGUAAAUAUUUAUGAUGAACCUGAAAAUUCAAAUAUUAUAUAUGUAGAUGAUAAAGAAAAAGAAAAAGAAAAGGAAAAAGAAAAAGAAAAAGAAAAAGAUAAAUUUGGACCAAAUUCAACAAAUAGUUUAAGCGGUAGUGGUUCAUCACCAAAUAUACCUAGUGGUAUGAAUAAUAAUAGUAGUAGUAUAGGUAAUAAUAGUAUUGGUAAUAGUAAUAGUUAUAGUAAUGGUGAGUUAUCACCAUUGUCAGCAUCAACAUUGUUAAUGAUGUCACCACAGAAUAAGAAUUCAAUAGAGACGAAUAAACCACAAGUUAAGGCGGCAUCAUUAAAUAAAUUGGUUAUUUUAUUAACACCAGAUAAUAAUCAUGAUUUAGAGUAUACAAAGACAUUCUUGUUAACUUACCAAUCAUUUACAACACCAGAGAUGUUGUUGGAGAAAUUGGUCCAACGUUAUCAUGUACCACAGAAACCAGGUCAAUCAUUGGACGAUUGGAAAAAGAGUGCCGUACCAAUUCAAUUACGUGUUGCCAAUGUUAUUAGAACUUGGAUAAAGGAUUACUUUUCAGAUUUCAAUGAUAAACUCAUUCAAAAUGUAAAAUCACUCUAUGAGAAUAUGAAACAGUCUGGUAAUAUGUCGCAUGCAAAGAUUCUAUCAGAGUCGUUGAAUGCAAAGAUCAAGGGUAUGGUUGGCAUGGACGAUCAAAAGAGGGCCCCCACUUUCACAAGUCCUGCACCCGAACCAAAGGUACCAAAGAAUAUUUGGUCACAAACUUUAGACAUUUUCUCUGUCGAUGAAGAAGAAAUCGCUAGACAAUUGACCUUGAUGGACUUUGAAAUCUUUUCAGCCAUUAAAUCAACCGAAUUGUUGAAUCAAAGUUGGAAUAAACCAAAACUACGUCACCGUUCACCAAAUGUAUUGACUUUGAUCAAUAGAUUCAAUGAGAUCUCUCAAUGGACUGCAACUUCGAUUCUCUCUUAUCCAAAGGUUAAGGAUAGAGCUAGAAUCAUGGCUAAGUUCAUAAAGAUCGCUGAAUAUUGUAUGAGACAUUUAAAUAAUUUCAAUACUUCAAUGGCAAUUCUUUCAGGUUUAAACGCUUCCUCUGUUCAUAGAUUAAAAUUCACCAAAGAAGAGUUACCAAAACAUACUCAACAAGUUUACACAGAGUUACAAUUUCAUCUAAGUUCAGCUCAAGCUUACAAAGAGUAUCGUGCUCUUUUGGCAAAAGCAAAUCCACCUUGUUUACCUUAUCUUGGUGUUUAUUUAACAGAUUUAACUUUCUUUGAAGAAGGUAAUCCUGAUUUCAUUCAAGGUUUCAUCAAUUUUGGUAAAAGAAAGUUAAUCUAUGGUUCAAUUUCAAAUGUUCAAAGUUUUCAAAAUGCAAAAUAUAAUUUACAACCAGUUUAUCAAAUUACAAAAUUAUUAAAAGGUUUUAAACUUUUAGAAGAAAAUGAUUUAUAUUCAAGAUCAAUGUCAUUUGAACCAAGAAAUAAAGAAAGAAGUGAAAUUUUAUAA